AAGCUUCCUGUUCAUAAACCUGCUUUCAGAAGAUCUGCGCUCAGUGUUAGAAUCAAUAUCAGAGGCUUCAGCUCAUUGGUUAAAGGUGUGUCCAAGAUUAGACUGAAUCAGACUGAAUUUGUCAUCGCAGAAGUUUAAACAUGUGGGCAGAGAGUGACUUGUAUCCAGGUGUGCCGUGUCUUCAAAGCACUACAGAGCCUGUGAAUGGUAAUGUAUACCGAAUGUAUCACGGCACCACUGAAAGAGCAGCACAACAGAUCAAAAUCUCUGGCUUUCAGCCAUCUGCAGAUGGCAUGCUGGGACGUGGCGUCUACCUCAGCCGAGAUCUUAACAAGGCCAGCAGAUACCCAAUUGAAAAGCCAUGUGAGAGAGUUGUUAUCAGAGUGAAGGUCAAUGUUGGGAGAGUGAAGAAGAUUGACCAUCAACGUCAUCCACUGCAGAAAACCUGGCAUGGUGAAGGGUACGACACUGCCUGGUGCCCUCCAAAAUGUGGCAUGGUGACCAGCGGCCUUGAAGAAGACUGUGUUUGGGAUCCGAAUCGAAUCACUAUUAUUGAUGUAAUUCCACCAAGCCUUCAAAGCAGGGAAAAUCCAUUUGAAGGUAAAGACUACACAAUGUUUUAUGGUACAUCUAAAGAAGAAGCAGAAAAAAUUAAAGCUUAUGGCUUUUGUGAGUCUAAUGGCAUUCUUGGGCGUGGAGUCUACCUCAGCCGAGAUGUACAAAAGGCUUUUUAUGUCCCUGAGCAUGUUCCUGAACAGCAGAGAAGUGUUCUGAGAGUGAAGGUUAAUGUUGGGAAAGUGAUCAAGAUUGAUUAUCAAGGUCACCUAAUGCAAACAAUCUGGCAUGAUCAAGGUUAUGACACUGCCUGGAUCACCCCAAACUGCGGCAUGGUGUCAAGUGGUCUUGAGAAAGACUGUGUUUGGGAUCCAAGACGAAUCACAGUCAUUGAUGUAAUUUGUCCAAAUUAAGGAGUAUGUGCUGUUUGUUAUGAGCAAUGAAAAACCUAAUAUAUGUUUUAUAAGGAAAUAUAAUGUUUUAUUGAGAAUGAUCAUUAUACUGUGCUGACUAUGUCUUACAAGCAUUUCUGAGGCUGAGGUUAAAAUCAUUAAAAAUAUGCCUAUACUGUACACAUUUUUAGUUGCCUU